AUGCAUUCUCCUGAGCCCGCAAAGCACAAGGAGCUACGGUCCGCGCUCCGUGCAAUCAAGAACCACGUCGAGGGUCUCGAAGCGCAUGAACUUGAUUACAGCCAACUGGCGGCGCAACGAAUAAACGUCUCGCCUAUGGAGCUGGACGAAAAGUCAAGCGCCAGACCUUGCUUCUUCAAACCAUGCCCUGCCCAUCUUUUGAUGGUCCCAGAUGACGAAUAUGAUCAGAAGAGCAGGACGAAGUACCAGGAGUUCAAAUCUGUCCACCCGAUCUUCCGACGCCCCAUUGACUGCGCCCGCAACAUGAUCACAUAUUACUCUCACUUUUGGUUUGACUGCGCGAUUCACAGCGAGAACUACAUUCUCGAUGGGUUGUGGAGGCGUCUGAGUUUGAUGGCUGUUCCGUUCGAAGACCUAUUCGAGUGCAACGAGCCCGAGUUCGGCACCCCCGAGCUCGUCAAGGCCAAGAGGGGUCGGGAGUCCCCGCCUAUGAAGGCCAUGGUCUACAACAACCUCGAUGGCAACGAGAACACGCUGCUGCGCGGCGAGGUUGUGAUCGCUCUUCGCGUGAUCAACGGGCAGAUGAGACGGUCUCGCUUCUUCGAACAUUCGACUGUGCCGGUCCUUCUUUUCUCCUUCCUGGGACCGCAACACGCCCGGGUCAUCGAGGCAUAUUUCGAUGGCAGCUCGGUGGUGAUGCGUCCUCUGCGGCUGUUUGAUCUCCGGGAGAAGGACCAGACCUUGAUCAGGACCUUUGCGCAGUGGUUCCUUGGGGAGCCGACGGGGGAGACCAGGGUGCUUCGGGGGGUGUGA